AUGAGCCCCAACCAAGACCAGAGACUUUUAAAUGUGCUGCUGCUAGCGGUAAUUUGCGGAACGGCAAUAGUAGCUGCCCAUACGAACAGCAUCAAGCCUAGCUUUAUUACAGAUGGUAGUCAGGGUAACGUCAGUGGAGUGCCGAUUCCGAGCCGAGCUAAUCCACCAGCCAAACUUAUUCGAGCCAAACGUGUGGCUAUUUUCAAUGGCCAGGGCGUUGUCAAGUUCGUCAGCGGCGUAGCACAUCCCGUCAAACAAGUUGAUAAGGAUCAAUCAUUUUGGUUCUUUUAUAACUUUCAAAACCAAUAUAUACCCACAACCAUACCAAUAUAUUGGUGGAGUUUUUGGAAUACAACUGCAUUUGUUUCCACAGCGCGUCAGUUGCGCAAGGGCAUGCAGGCGACACUGCAUCGUGACGAUACGCGCAGUUGGGUCUAUGAUACCAUCGAGGCGGGCAUGGAACUGCUGGAUGGUAGUGAACGAGGUGCCAGCUGUCUGCUACGCAGCAUAUGCGAAAUCUCUCAAUUGCCUUUCGAGGAUAGCAAUAUUUUUAGCGAAAUUCUCAAUGCAGUGCUGAUACCCACCGUGGAUAACGUGGCCGAAAAGUAUUUGAACGCUAGAGAUGCGGGUCGUGGUGGAGCUGAUUGCUUAAAAACCUACAGCGAUUGCAAUCAAAGAGUUUGGCACUGGUUAACGCAUAUUACGAAGCUGACUUUUUGAUAUAACCCACACAUUAAAAAAAAAAAAUCCAUUAUUUACGUGAUUGCGUGUUUUACUUAAAUAUGGUUACAUAUUUUUGUAACAUGAUUUUAAGCUGGUUUAAUUUAGUAACCCUAGAAAGCACGCAUUUCUCCCAAUCAGCACUUAGUCCUAUCUCAUAGUUUUUCUCAUACUGCGACGACGCCACUCGGCCCAGGCCUCACAGAGCAUAGGUUUCUUCCAGCAGAUGCACUCGCUUAACGGUAGCGCAUUGGGCUUCAUACGCACGCAUUCAGAGAAAGCCGGAUAUGGUGUUAAGGGCUUGGUACAAAUAAGUGGCCUUUUCGUCUUUAGACAGUCGGGUGGAAUGCGACCCGCACGGUGACAGCGACGCUUAAAGCGCGGGCAGUCGAGUCUUUCAGCAAAAUCGCAAUUUUCGGGCUGUGGGCAAGCAGUUUUGGGCUUGCGGUUCUUGCGGCGCCUCAAUGGUGCAGCCUUGGCUUUUUCAAAGCAGCAUAUCUUCUUCUUCUUUAGCUGUACCGGAGGGCAGGAGACCCAGGUUUGCCAGUACUUUCGAUUGGCCUUAUCCGAUUCAACGUAGUAGAUGUCAUCAAAUCGCGGGUUGAAUGGACAGUACACAGCUUCCUCGUCA